ACAAACACUCGCCUGAGCUGGAGAUCUCCGCGUGGCUCGAGCGACUGUCGCCCAUCUCAUGACCUGCGGCAUUUUUGCACCUACGCCUCCAGGUAGCGCCUAUCUAUUGAAAAAAAAAAACAAGAAUACCCCCAGUUUACUCGUUUUUUUCGGGGUUCCUGACUGGCCUGGUCACUACUGUAUAACCUAUGAUAUUUUUACCUUUGGUCUGGAAACGUUAAUUCGCCCACGCUUGUCGAAUCUCCGCGGCCUCGCAGAAGGCCCUACCGUCGGGUGUCAAAUCAGCGUGGUGAACCGAAUUAACGUGGCACCCGCUGCAAGCGACACGAUGCACUAGCCCACCUUGCUGCAUUAGUACAUAUCUACUACAUAUCUCUAUCGGUGAGCUGGAGGGGGGGGAUGCUUAAUGCAGUCUCCUGGCGCCAGACCAAUCAACCCAAGGCCAAUUCGGUUUAUAUAGCGCUUUUCGCGCUCGCCCUUCACAGCAGUUACAACUGCAACGCCCGGGUGGUCUAGUGGUAUGAUUCUCGCUUAGGGUCCACCCUACAGCAUAGCAUGCGAGAGGUCCCGCGUUCGAUCCGCGGCUCGGGCCAUUUCUUUUUUCUUUUUUAUUGGAUGACCCUUGCUUGUUUCUUAUUCCAUCAUAUCCUACCUAGAAUCACAUUGUCUGUCUGUCUACUCUCAAGUGAUUGGAAGUCAAUUAGAAUUUUUGCUUCACCUCUUACAGGG